AUGCUGAAAUACAUAACCUCCCUAUUUUUGGUAAUCGGUGCAGUGAACUGCGAUUAUUUCCUGAAUAGAGUUAAUCAUUUAGAGUAUUACAGAAAUAGGACAAAUCCUAGGCCUUCUAAGUCAUUUUCUAGUUUUUCUACGAAUUAUUUUAAUCAGAAUUUAGUGACUAAACCCGUGAAGGGAGAAAAAGUGCAGUGUGGUACUAGAACGGUGGAUUUUAACCCUCGUAGGACGGGGAAGAUUGUUGGAGGCACUGAGACCCCUUAUGGGGCAUUUCCUUGGCAAGUGGAAAUUCAGAUGCUGGACGUGGAUAAGCUGACCUUCGAGCACCAUUGUGGAGGAGCUGUCAUAGCUGAGAGGCUGGUACUGUCUGCUGCACACUGUUUUGACAAGCAACCUCUAAACUUGGAGCACAUACGUCUGGUGGUAGGCGAGCACCGUUUGAAGGUGCAGGACAAGCAUGAGCAUCGGUUCCUCGCUGAGAAGGUGGUUCUACAUCCUGACUUCAGAAAAAAUGGCCCACACAGCAACGAUAUAGCUUUGAUCUUGGUCUCCCGGUCUGGUAAUGGUGUGCAGUUCAACUCCCAUGUCAGGCCUAUAUGCUUGCCUGAUGAUGGAGUCACGGCUGGGAAGUGGUGUACCGUCAGUGGGUGGGGAUUCCAGGCAGAAAAUACUGAAAACUUUGCGCCUAUCCUAAGAGCGGCUGCAGUACCAGUGCUUGACUUGAACACGUGCAGGAAGAGUCAGGUCCUCGGUGGAAGACAGCAGACGAUACUGGACUCUAUGAUCUGUGCAGGAAUUCUCUCAGGUGGCGUUGACGCUUGCCGAGGGGACUCUGGAGGCCCCCUAGCAUGUAUGACUUCAAACAGAUGGCAGCUUCACGGAGUCGUUUCUUGGGGGUCUGGCUGUGCUCGCCGGGCAAGGCCAGGAGUCUACACUAGGGUAGCUUCUUACCUGGAUUGGAUUAAACGAACAGCUUCUGGACUGGGUCAUAAGAUUGGGUACUAACAAGAUGAGAUGGCAAAUAAUCUGGGUGUCUUCAAGGCCCGAGUGAAUAGGUUGCUUAUAUAGCCGUGCUCCUUCGUAGGCCGUAUUAACGUGCACCGCGAGGCGAGAUACUGGCCUAAAAUGAAUAAAACAUAUAUAGAAGUUCCUCAUUGGAUGAAAACUUAUUCUUAAAUCAAACG